AUGCAUUCACAGACGGGCUCGAUCGAGAAAAACCAACAAAAGAGCCGGGAACCUUUGGCGAGCGCUCCAGCCGUUUCGGACACCAGGGAGCUUCAACAAGACGCACGAGGAAUCGACGAUGACAAAGUCCCAGGAGCCAACAAGGACAGGGCGUCAACUGGCAAGCCCGCCGCCAGCUCUUAUGUCUCCGGCCUGAUCAUUGGACGUCCCGACUCCGACAAACGCGAAGCAGCUGAAGAUCGUGGCUCCACGGGCACCGCCAAGAACGCGAAUCCGAUGUCCCACGGACCAGCCAACGACCUGACAAUCGUCUACGGCCACGGUCGCAUCCAACGGAUGGCCCUGUUCGUCGCCACGCUUUCCGCAUUUGUGCUCUUGAGCCACAACCUUCUCCUCAGCGUCGUGGCCCGCCCCGUGAACCACUGGUGCAAGCAGCCUCUGGAGUACGCCAACAUGACAUCGGAAGAAUGGCGCGAGAUUGCGGUACCUCGCGACGCCAGCGGCGACUGGCACACCUGCGUUCGCUACGAACCGCCGCUAUCCAUUGACGCAGUGAACCGGACACAGGUGCCCUGUGAGGAAUGGGAUUACGAUCUGGAGGGCCGUUCCAUCGUCACCUACUGGAACCUCGUCUGCGAGCACCAGUGGCUCGUUGCGGUCGCGUCGGUUGUCUACAUGGGCGGCGCUGCGGCGGCUGUGCCCAUCAUGGGCCAACUGUCGGACAAGAUGGGCCGCAGACCGGUCAUCUACCUGUCCGUCCUGUCCUUGCUCAUAUCCGGGACGGCCAUCUGUUUCGUGAAUUCCUUCACGUACUUCGUGGCACUGCGUUUCUGGGUGUCUGCGUCGGUGAGCACGAUCCAGAUCACUAGCUUCGUGCUCCUUAUCGAGCUGUCGACGCCGUCACGCCAGUGUCUCUACGGCGUGAUCGCCAUCGCCACGGCCACCAUCGCAGCCCAGCUUUAUCUCAAAAUCGUGGGUUACUUCGUCUACGACUGGGUUCUGACGCAACUGGUCGUGAUGCUGCCGGCGUCCCUGCUCCUGUCCACAUUCCUCCUGACAGUCGAGUCGCCGCGUUGGCUCCUGGCCACGUUCGAAUUCAAAGUCGCAGAGCGCCUCAUUAUGUGGAUGGCCAAGAUGAACGGACUCAGCAUCCUCCACGCCCAGCAGCAGUGGCGCCUUUACAAACUCGUAGUCGGGACCCGGGUCAGUGGUUACAGCGUGGCAGAAAUGCUGCGCACGAGCGUUCUCGGAAGCCACAUCGUCAUCGUCUUCUGGUGCUGGUUCGUCGUCAUGCUCGCCUUUUACGGCCCCAGGGGCACCCACCAUCUAAGCAACAUCUGGAUGAUCACAGCCACAUUGGUCUCCCAGGUCAUCGGUGCCAUCUUGGUGUACCUGUCCAUGACCAGGCGUGGCCAGAGGGUCACCUUGUUGGCGCUGCUGCUUGGUUUAUCGGCGCUCGCGGGAAUGAAGGCCGCGACGGCCGAUUUCCAGCACGUGUUGUUUCUGGCGCUCCCAGUGGACACGGGCGCGGAUAUUGUCUUCGAUUUGACCGUCAUAGCUCUCUACGCGUACAGCGUAGAACUCUUUCCCACCGUGGUUCGCAGUAUGGGCUUGUGCGCGGUCUACUUCUUCGGCAGACUCGGCGCUAUCGCUUCUACCCUGCUUCGAGAACUGGGCUUCCUGACGCACGUGGAGCAGUUCUGGGGCCUGCUGAGCUUGUUCGGUGCGCUGACCGCUCUGGCCGUGUACGCUUUGCCCGACACUGCGCGGGCGGGGGACAUACCUCCGGGCGCGAACGUUGCCAAGAAGCAUUCUCAGUUCGCACGACGUCCCUCCUUGGUUCCGGGGACGUCCGCAACUCCCAGCCCCACCCAUCUCAGGCCAACGCCGAACGAUCCUCGAAGGCCGCCAGAAGGUCGCACGAUUAUACGCCCACAAAGAAAUGGCUCGAUGUAG